AUGUCUCGAGAGCUAGAAGCCCGUCUCUCGACGGCAUUCUCCUCUAUUGAAUCAUUCAAAAAGCAAUACAUCGCAACCGCCCUCAGUAUGUUCGGCCCUGGUUUUGUUUGGCUCAUUCGCAACCCCAUCUCUCGAGGCUACAUGUCAGCGAAUGGCGAUGACCCCGUCAACGAUCCGGGGUUCACCCUCCUCUGCACUUAUAUCGCAGGAUCUCCUAUACCGCAAGCGCAUCCCCGUGCGCAGUCUGUAGAUAUGAACACGGAGAACAUGAUACCAGGGCAAUCUACAGCCGGAGUAAUGGGGAAAUAUUCUGCAAGCCCCGCAAACAAGGUACCGCCUGGACGAAUAUAUGCCGCUGAGGUGUGCCUCGGGGUUUAUUGGAGCGUUGUGGAAGGAAACUCCGCAAUAAAACAAGCUAAGACUCCGGUGAGGACUAGUCUUCCGAGCAUGGCCAGUUUCAUGCGCAGAUAG